GGAGCGCUGGCGCCGCUGCCCCCGGCCCCGCGGGAGCGCGCCAUGGAGCCGCGGGUCACCCUGCGCGUCACCUGCCGCGGCGACACCCGCACCUUCCUCGUGUCCGACCCGGCGCACACGACGUGGGCCGAUGUGGAGGCCAUGGUUAAAGUUUCAUUUGGCCUGGACAACAUUCAGAUCAAAUACAUUGAUGAGGAUAAUGAUGAGGUCUCUGUGAACAGCAAAGAGGAAUAUGAAGAAGCUCUGAAGAUUGCAGUUAAACAAGGAAAUCAGCUCCAGAUGAAUGCCUAUGAAAAGAACUCUUCUCAUGCUUUGCAACUACAUGAAAAAAAAGUUACAGAAAAACUGGUGCUUUUUAAAGAUGAGAAGAAACCACUUUUGCAUUAUUCCAUGCUGGCUCAGGGAUUAGAGGAAGAAUUAAAAAACAAUGAGGAGCUGACCAUUCAGCAAAAGUUAAAUCAGACCAGAACAGAAAGCACAAAUGAAAAUCCUCCAGAAUGGUUUACUAGCUACUUGGAAACAUUCAGGGAACAAGUAGUUAAGGAGACUGUUGAGAGGCUGGAGCAGAAGCUGUAUGAGAAGCUUGUUCAUCACCAUCAACCUGCAGACUUUGGAGAGAGCUCGGUUGCAGCAGCCCCGCAGAGCCCGGCGGGGAGCGGCGGCCAGGGUGACUGGGACUGGCUGAUGGCCUGCAGCAGCUGCCAGGCCCCCAUCGUUGGGGUGCGCUACCAGUGCAGCCUUUGUCCAGCCUACAAUAUCUGUGAGGAGUGUGAAGCAGGAACAUAUGCACACGACCCAAACCAUGUGUUGCUGAAGCUGCGCAGACCCAUCCCCUGUGUCACUGACAAUUACAGCCUGGCAGAGCUGUCCCCACGCCUGCCUGCCACUCUGGAGCAAGUCAGGCUCCAGAAACAGAUGGACAAAAGAUUUCUGAAGGCAGAGAAGCAAAGAUUGCGAGCAGAAAAGAAACAGCGGAAAGCAGAGGUCCGAGAGCUCAAAAAGCAGCUAAAAUUGCACAGGAAAAUUCAUCUGUGGAACUCUAUCCAUGUAUUGGAAACAAAUGGCUCAGCUGCUCUGAAAUCUGAGAGUCUCCAGCCUAAUAACUUCUUGAGCCCUAAUCAACCCUUCCAAGCAAUUGUCCCAACACUAAGUGCAGUAUUUGUGGAUGAGAAUUUACCUGAUGGUACUCACUUGAAACCAGGAACAAAAUUUAUCAAACACUGGAGAAUGAAAAAUACUGGCAACGUGGAAUGGAGCUCAGACACAAAGUUGAAACUUAUGUGGGGGAAUCUGACCUUGGCAUCUUCUGAGAAAAAAGAUGUGUUAGUGCCAUCCCUUCCGUCUGGACAAGUAGGAACUGUUUCAGUUGAGUUUGUAGCUCCCAACAUAGAAGGAACUUACACUUCUCACUGGAGACUGUCACACAGAGGGGAGCAGUUUGGGCCAAGGAUCUGGUGCAGUAUUGUUGUGGAUCCCUCUCCAGCUGCUGAUUACAUAGAAAGUGAUUGGAAGGAUUCUGACUCCUGUCAGAAGAGUGGAGCUUCCAGAACCAAGCAGGAUGCUUCCUUAAAGACAGAAACAGGUGCUCAACUGAUAGGUGAAGUUGCAGAGCAGGCUGAAAUACCUCUGCCAACUGUUCCUUUAAAGAUCAAAAAUCUGCCAAGUGAGAGAGAAUUUUAUAUCCCAUCUGUUGAUCUCCUCACUGCACAGGAUUUGCUGUCCUUUGAGCUGUUGGACAUUAAUAUUGUGCAGGAAUUGGAGCGAGUGCCACACAAUACUCCUGUUGACAUGACUCCAUGCAUGUCCCCUCUGCCACGUGACAGCCCCUUGCUGGAGAAACCUGGCUUAGGUCAGAUAGAGGAGGAGAACGAGGGCAGUGGAUUUAAACUAGUGCCUGGAAUGGCAGAAGGCUGCCUCUCUGUGGACUCUCCUGUGGUGAAAGUGAAAGCUGAACAUGCAUUGAACCAGGAGGAAGGGGAAGAAGAUAUGAGUGGGACUCAAUUUGUCUGUGAAACUGUAAUUCGUUCUCUGACUCUGGAUGCUGCACCUGACCACAAACCCCCACAAAAAACCCCAAAAGUUCUCCAGAACUCUUUGCAAACAUUGCAAGAAACCUUUAGUUGCAAUAUGAUAAGUGAAGAAUCUCCUGUGAUAAACAGUAAUUCUACUUCCAAAAAGGAAGCAAAGAUUCAUCAGUCAGAACCAGUGACAGAAAAUUCCUGUGGGGACCUUCCACUGUCUGAUGAGAGCACAAGCCCCCAUAGUGGUACUGGUGAUGAAGAGGAAGAUGAUAAAGAUGAUGUUCAGAGUCAGUGCUCCUCUGCUUCCUCAGAGGAUUAUAUCAUCAUCCUCCCUGAGUGCUUUGACACCAGUCGGCCCUUGGGUGACUCCAUGUACAGUUCAGCUCUUUCUCAGCCUGGUGUGGACAAGGCAGGAGAACCUGAAACAGCAGCAGAGGACCCAGAAGGGGGAAGCCAGCCACAGAUCCAGAGGGUCAGUGAUACACUGACAACUUCCCAAACACUGGCUGCAGUACCAUUAACCCCAGAGACUGUGGACAGCUUACCCCAGGCACAAAGGAAUCUUUCAUCUCUUCAGAAUUCUACCUUCCAAGAAACAAACACACCAGCUUCAGAGAAUAUCUCUUCUGCUCCUCAUGAUCAAAUACAAAACCAAGAACCCAGUGGUGAAGAUAAUCAUGGGCCAGGAUCUUCUGCAUUUCUCACUAAGUUCUCAGAGUACCCGAGGUACCCUCAAGGAAGCAGCAUUGCAGGAGAACUCGUGAAAGGAGCUUUGUCAGUAGCUGCUUCUGCCUACAAAGCAUUAUUUGCUGGACCACCCAUUAUUGAACAGCAGCCUGCAGCUCCAGAAGAGCAGACUGCUGCUCUGCUGUCCAGCCUGUGUGAGAUGGGAUUCUGUGACAGGCAGUUAAACCUGAGGCUGCUGAAGAAACACAACAAUAACAUGAUUGAAGUGGUGACUGAAUUGCUUCAGAUCAGCAACAGAGACUGGUGCAGUAGGUGCUAAACCUGCUGCUUGGAGAGAGGAAUAGUCUUCAUUGAGUAAACUCUAAUUCAAGAUUGCAAGAGUAGCAAUGCUGCUCCUCAGUGCUGUUUGGAGGUUUGACUUAAAACUUCAGCGUUUCUUGGAGCAUUUGACUUUUCUUUUUCUUUACCCUCAUGGAAAUGUCAAACAACCCUUGUGGCAUCUCUUGAAAUGGAUACCAGAAUUUCAGUUUUUAUUUGGACCUUGUAGUUAAAUGAGUAGUCUUUUUAAAUCUCUGAUUUCAGAUCAAAUCCUUUUACCAGGGAAUCAUGUAGAACUAAACUUUGUACCCAGAUGAGAACUUCCCAUUUUAUUGUGUGUACACAUUUUUUUAGGCAGCUGGGAUUUUUUUUCUUGGCUUAUUAGCUUUGGAAUAGAAACCAAUGUAAAAUGCUGCUGUAAAAUGUAGUCCUGCUUAAUUUCCAAGAGAUGCCUGAAAGUAGGAGUUUUUUUUGUUUCUUCUGAGGAUUUAGUAAUUGGUUUUCCAAUGUGUCAUAGUAAAGUGAC